UACUUAAAUACCUAUCUCGGAGAUUGUUUUUCUAUAUAAUACCACUCUUCACUUCUUUCCAUAAGCCCAUGGCCUGUGAUUUUAUCUUCGUGACUGCUUUCCCAAAGAUAUUCCACAACUUAUACAGACAUAAUUGUUUCCAACUGUCCGAUUGGAACAUUCUUCAGGAAACUUGUUAUUGUUGCUUACAUCUCUUAGUAUGAGUAUGAGUUAGUAUGACAAAGUCGAUCAGCAUUCACACCUAUAAAUAAAUAACUAUAUAAUAACAGUGUCAUAUAUAAUAACAAUGUCAUUUGAUUGUAUGUUACUUACAUUGCAAUUUAUCAACGAACAUUAUCCACAAACUUUUUAUCAUAUCGGCUCUAUCCAAAACACACAAUGGCUCUGGAAGUUUUUACAGUAGAAUGUCGACGCUCUCGCACGGUGAACUUGUAAGCUACAAAUUCUAACAAAGUAGCACAGGAAAUUAUCAAGAGAACUUCUCGGCAACGAGACCACAGAACGAGACCAUAAGACCAUUUUGUUUAGUUUUUUUUUUUGGUUAUUUUGUACAUAGGACAGGCAAAGGAAACAUAACCCAUACAGCCAAAUACUAUACUAGGUACGUUAAAUUCGUUAAAAACUAUAAACGUAUUUUCAUAUUUUCAAAUCGGUAAGCAAUGGAAUCCACAGGUUACGCAAAUGUGUUAUUAUGUCAUAAUUAUAGCCUCAUCUUUUUUUCUUUUUGGAAAUUUUUGGCCUGGUUACAUAGACCUUUAGGUUUGUGAUACGAAUUAACUCAAAAGUCCGCAUAAAUUUUCGAGUUAUGAAGCGGCUUCUUGGCAUGAAGUGAAAAUAGAUAGUACCACUUUGUUUAUUGAAUGUUUAUUUAUUAUUUAUAUAUUUUUCCGAUAUGAUAACACUUAAGUGAAUGUUUUUCGAUUACGUAACGUUUAUUAAAUAUAAAUAGAUUAUUCAAUGAAGAAAACAACUUUCCCGCCAAAAAACAAUGGAAAAAUUAAUGAAAAUACUCAAUAUUCACUGCUUUUAAUAAAUUGUACUGAAGUAACAAAAAGCAAUUAGAUUUUAUAUUGCUUAUUUAUUAAUUCCAUCGACAUCUAUGCGACCGAGUGAAGUAAAAAGUACCUCAAUAUUUUUCGAUAUUGGCUGUUUGAAUCUGCGUUGCCAGAAUUUCUUUGUCUCAUGGAAAAAAAAGUAAACUCAGUACCCAAACCGUUGGCGCGAAAAAGUGACAAGCGUUUUUUCACUUGUAUUUCAAGAUUCCAAAGAUGAAGCGUUCAAGCGUCGAAAUUCCAUUGUGCUCUACAAUGCGUCGCCGUCGCGUCGACGACGAGCCUGCUGCAACCUGCAUCGGUGCCGGUCUAACACACCAAGGCUCCGAUAUGUAUGAAGGUAAUAAUUCGCAAUGUACGGUUAUCUCAGCAUGCGCUUCAAUUUAUUCAGUGUUCCAUAAUCGCGCAUCUUUCACUACUGCCGAAAUUGAUGAAAUUUUAAGAAUGGGGGAUACACUUUACAUGCAGUUAAAAUAUCUACUUCAGAGGGGUGUCAGUUAUUUUAUGCCAGAUGAAUUACCCAAUGAGCUUCGCGUCGGGGAUAACGUCGCACAUAUAGUUAGUAUGGAGGACAACUGGAUCAUUUCUAAUACGUAUCCUACAACUCCCGCGAAUAAAGACAUAGGUUUAUUAACGUUAAAGAAUAUACUGGACAAUAGAGUGUUUUUUAAUACUAAUGACUAUACUGUCGAUUCGCAAUUCGCUUAUAAUGUGAACAACUCAAAUCACAACGACAGUACCGAUAGCAUAUUGUUUACGGGUCAGGGUUAUACUUUUAGUUUUUGGCGCUUUAAUGGUGAAUAUUAUUUCUUUAACAGCCAUGCAGUUAACAGCAACAACAUUAAUAUAGGAACGGGUAAGCCAGAAGAUGGUCCUUACGUAGCACGUUUAUUUAAAUGUAAUUCAACCGAAGCGCUAGCCAAACUUUUGCUCGCGAAUGAAGUUUACGACGGAUCCGAAUACUCAUUAACCCGAUUAAGAGUAUUAAAUGACGACCUUAUAUGGCAAAACGAAGCGCAGGUUAGUUCCGAAACGUCACAAUCCAUUUUAGUAGAUUUAAUAUCAUCACCAUUACUGAAUGAGAAUCAAACUUUAGAUUCGAUUUUGAUGAACUAUCAAUCAACCCUGGCCCCGCUUAAAACCUCUGUGCAAAAUUUUGAUAUUAGUAAAUUGGAAGUUGAUUCAAAUCCGGUAGAUGUAUAUAACACUACAAGUGAUAUAAAACUGACAAUUUUAAAACCAGUUGUCCUAUUAGAAAGAAUCAGCAGUUCAACAGUAUAG